UGGCGAAAUUGCAUUUAUCUUUGCUCCUUAGGCCUUGCUAGCUGUUCUCAGUCUGGUUUUUAGUACAUUUUAAAUAUGGUUGCUCCUGUAGGUUCAUCUAUAGGAAGGAGAAGUACAGCCGUGUCUCUUAACAGGAGAAAAAGAAGAACAUUCUCCAACAUUACAGCACAGUGGUUCACAGUUCCUCAAUUCAUCACAAAGCUACUGGAGCUGACUCUGUCUUCUAUAUCUAUCAUUCUUAUCUUCACUUGGGAGAGUGAGGGAAUCAGGGUGACCACUAUCAGACAAGAUGACUACAAUUAUAGAAAUUAUUUCUUCUACUAUAUUUGUGUUCUCUCAACUUCAGUCCUUUACUCGGUCAUUUUGAUGAUAUUAGGCUGGACAGGUGUCCGUCUGCCAUCAAAAGCAGUUACAUUAUUGGCAGGUGGUGGUGUCUUGCUAUGGCUAUUUGCAAACCCAUUGAUGAGUGGCACCAUUAAGAUAUUAGAUAAUUCUGUCUAUGCAAGACAAAAUAAUCUGAACACUCUCCAAUUGAAGGCAACAUCAGUUUUAGGCUUUUUCCUUCUUGCCACUUUUAUUUUUGACAUAUUGCUUGGAUUCAUUGGUCUUAACACUUCAGAGAAACUCAACAAUAAAUCCGGUCAGAUUGAACUUAAAAACUCUCAAUCUGUCAUAGCAACAGCCAGACUUACUGCACAGCAAUCAAACAAGAUGUUACAUUGAACUUAUUACAAGACAAUAACGAUAAUAAUAAUAAUAAUAAUAAUAAUAACAAUACUAUAUCGAUAGUAGUAUGAGAAAGUUGGUACUUUAAAAGAUUAUGAGCAGAUAAAUAAUAAUAAAUUCAUUAUGUUUAUUGAAUAUUUCUGUAGCCAUUAAAA